UGCAGAGACCGGUUGAAGAUCUGGGUGAAGAUCGGUGCCAGCUUACUAUGAGGCAGGUUGGGGAAACACCGUCAGGUCCUGGAGCCUUUCUGGUGUUCUGCCUUUGAAGGAGUUGGCCGACAUCUUCUUCACAGAUCUUCAGUGCAGGUACGGGGUCUGGUGACAGUAGGGUGUGAAUGUUGGGGGGUGUAGGUGGGCCUAUUGUGUGACUGAGGUGUGAAGUGGUUCUUUUCAAACCAGCAAUAGAUCCAUUUAUUGAUAAACUGUUCUGCAGCCUUUCGCCAUAUCUCCUUUUGGCUGCUUUCACCUCCUUUGUCAGUCUGUUUCUGGCCUGCACCACUCCUGUAGGCUUCUUCCUUGGUGUGGCGCAGCUUCUUUAAGUCUGGUGUCAUGGCUUGUAGUUGUGGAAUGUGCGUACAGUCUGUCCACUCUUUCACCGUCCUGACCACAGGUUUACAGGUUCUGGAUUUCUGCUUGUAAUUUGGGAUGAGGUUAAGCAGACAGUGGUCAGAAAGGCCCAGUGCUGCACGAGGGACGGAGCGGUAGGUGUCCUUUAACACAGUGUAGCAGUGGUCCAGUGUGUUCAUGUCUCUGAUGGGACACUUCACAUGCUGCCUCUGUCUAGGGAGUUCCUGGCUCAGUUUCACUUUGUUAAAGUCACCCAUGAUGAUGAGCAGGGAGUCGGGAUGUUUUCUUUCCACGUCCGUUAUGUGGUCAGCCACUUUCUGUAAGACGGCAGUUGACAAAGAGGCACACCACGUGAGGACUGCAGAACUUCUUCAACACUGUGACCUCCGUGCACCAACCUUCGUUAAUAUAGAAGCAGCCUUCGCCCCCUACUUUUCCCGAAAAGCUCUUUGACGCAGUCCGAGCGGAGCGGAUGGAAGCCAGAAAGGUGUAGCGCUGCGUCUGGGAUGUUCUCAUUGAGCCAGGGAGCGCAAGUUAGCCAGGUGUAUUGAUGGGAGCGGUGUGCGAGAGCCCCGCUGUCUUAGUCUGACGAGUGCACCCGUGCGCUUCCCUCAUCGACGCUUCCUGAAGAUCCGAUUGAGAGCUGCUGCACCUCCGAAAAGGAUCUCCGCAAACUUUCCAACUCUGUAAAAACCGUAGGAAAAGUUCCAGGAGAUGAAUGUUCUUUGCUGAGGAGUGUCUCUCUGGAGUAGGUUAUCUGUGAGGCCGUGAGUGGCUGAAAGUAAAGUAAAUAAAAAAAUUAAGUAAAAACACUAAAAACGGAGAGGGCUUAGAGCUGUGGCUCCAUCUGCGAUGCCAUCUAGGUGAUCUCUCUGUAACAAAGUUUACAGGCAAGUGGCCUGAUGGAAAGUGUUUAUAUACGUUAUAGAGUACAGGUCAUUUGUGUUUCAACACCACUUAGACUCCAACAAUCAAUGAUUUAUGAGUCUACAUGAGCUGAUAUCCUCCUGUUACUACACCAGAUGACCUAAAACUGAGGUUUGUACAAUGCCAGUAUUGUUUUUAUGUUUAAAGUAAGCAGGGUGUCUAAGCAGUGGUAUAAGACAACAAUCUCAUAUAAUCAUGAGAAAAAGUUCCCUGUUAUUCGCAGGACACAUAUUUCAGUUCACGCGAUAACGCUGCUUGUAACUUAUUGAUUUGGGAAAGCACCAAUCAGCUUUAACCUCAGGACUGAAACAUGCAAUGACUCCUUUAUACUGACAGUCUGUACAGGACAGCUCUACCAGUGACACGCUUUACUAUGGGAUCCAUGACACCUCAUAUUCACGGAACGUUUGCUCUCUUCAUCCUUUGUCUCAUUUCCUUCACACCGCCAUGCGAUGGAGGGAACAUUCUGGUUUUCCCAUUAGAAGGAAGCCACUGGAUAAAUAUGAAAGUCCUUCUAGAAGAACUUCAUACCAGAGGCCACAGCAUCACUGUGAUCAGGGCCUCAACCAGCUGGUACAUCCCAGAGAAGUCUCAUCUCUACACAUCUGUCACACUUCACAUGGAACAAGGCUUGGAGGACAUGCUUGGAACAUUCCUUGAGCAUCACUUCAGGGUGCUGCUGGGAGAGGUUUCAACGUUGUCCUUCUUUAAAAUCACCAAGGAUUUCAAUUUUUUACUUUCACAGGUCCAUUUAUUGUGGUGUGACGCUCUUGUUCAGUUGUUUGAAGAUACAAAAACAAUGAAAAUACUGAGGGACUCCCAGUUUGACCUUGUUCUUACUGAUCCAGGAAUAGCUUCAGGGGUUGUACUAGCCAAGUAUCUAAAAUUGCCAAUAGUUCUCAAUGUUCGGUGGAUCACCAGUGGAGACGGCCAGUUUGCCAUCGCUCCUUCUCCACUAUCCUAUAUCCCAGUUCCAGGAUCAGGCUUUACGGACAAAAUGAACUUCAUGCAAAGGGUCAAGAACUUCCUAUUUUACAGCAUUAUUGUAUUGCAGCAGAGGUUCAUCACAGGGCCACACUAUACUGCAGUCUGUGAAAAAUACAUUGAGGGUGGAUGUGACAUCAUCUCGCUUCUUCAGGAAGCAGACAUUUGGUUGUUCAGGUCAGACUUUGUGUUUGACUUCCCUCGGCCCACGAUGCCAAACGUUGUCUACAUAGGAGGGUUCCAGUGCAAGCCAGCCCAACCUCUGCCAGCAGAGCUGGAGGACUUUGUUCAGGGUGCUGGGGAGCACGGAGUGAUCGUCAUGACUCUAGGAACCUAUGUUGAUGCUUUGCCAAAAGAGGUCACAGAUACGAUCGCUAACGUUUUUGCCAAGAUGCCUCAGAAGGUGAUAUGGAGGCACAAAGGGAAACGACCCUCUACUUUAGGCAACAAUACUCUGCUGGUGGACUGGAUGCCACAGAAGGACCUUCUGGGCCACCCACUGACCAAGGUCUUUGUAGCUCAUGGAGGAACCAAUGGAGUCCAGGAGGCCAUUUACCACGGUGUGCCUGUUCUCGGCAUACCCUUGUUCUUUGACCAGUAUGACAACCUGCUGCGUUUGCAGCAGAGAGGAGCAGGAAAGAUCCUCCAGCUAAAUGAGAUUAGCCAGAGUUUUGAGCAGAGUCUGAUGGAAGUACUCCAUCAGGACAGCUACAGACAGAACAUGCAAAGACUGUCUGAUUUGCACAGAGACCAGCCAGUAGCGCCCAUGGAUCAGGCCGUGUUCUGGGUGGAAUACGUGAUGCGCCACAGAGGAGCUGCACACCUGCGCACCGAGGCGUAUAAGAUGCCCUGGUACUCGUACUACUGUCUAGAUGUAGUACUACUGCUGCUGGCUACAGUGACUCUACUGCUGCUGUCUACGGUGGCCAUGUUCAGGUUUCUGUGCUACAGAUGUCUUAGAAAGUCUAAAGCUAAACAACACUGAAUUAAAAUGUGCUAA